UACCUAAUUUUUUCAAUGCUCUCCGUGAACUUCUCGACUAGUGCUUCAAUGAACACCGGGUCGAUGUCCUUCUUCUGCAGCUGGUUGGACAGCAUGUCCACAUGCGGCAUGAUCCUGUGGAACAAACCCAGGAAAAAAACGAAAUCCUCGUCUUCAAGCAUCUUCUCCAAGCCGCCCGCCCCUCUGACGGUCGAGGGGUCAAAGUUGCCGCAGUCUCUGAUGGCCCGGCAACACUCGAGGAGCUCAGCCCUGUGCUCGUACACGGUGUCCACCGCGCGGCCGUGGAAGUCCCACCGCGUCGCGUGCAUCCCACCGAGCGCCGCGGCGCGCUCGGGCGCCCCGGAGAAGAAGGCGGAGAACCCGCCGAGGUCCGCGAAGAAGGCGCCGAUGCCGGGGAUGUGCGACGUCGCCUGCCGCACGACGAGGUUCAGCGGGUGCGCGUAACAGUGCACGUAGCGCGCGUUUUGGUAGACCUCCGACACCUUGCGCUGCACGCCGCCGCCCCGCGUCGCGACGGCCCCGUCGUACGCCUGCGCCACCAGCUUGUCCUUCUGCCCGUCCGGCAGUAUGGCGCUCAGCCUCUCCAGCAGCGCGCCGGCGACGGCGUCGGCGGUCGCGUCCCGGACGGUGACGUGCUCGAAGAAGCGCUCGCGGACGCCGCCGCCGGCGUCGAUGUAGCGCAGCACGAGCACCAGCUGGCAGUGGGCGGACGCGUCGGUGGUCUCGUCCGCUUGGAUGGCGACGCACUCCGCGCUCCUCACCUCCUCCACGACGUGAUCCCUCACGACGGACAGCAUGCACUCCAGCAGCUCGUUCUGUUCCGUCUUCGACAUGCCUUUGAAGGCGCUGGCCGUCUUGAGAAAAAGAAUGGACGAUACCUGUGGUUUUCUCUUCUUGGGCUUGGAUUUCAACCAGACGCUGAAGUGCAGUUAAUGGGUGGCAAAACCAGCAACGUUAAACACAUUAACCUGGGACCGAAUAUGUUCGACAAACCAAACAAGGAUGCCUUCUACAUAGUGACCCAUUUCCUGUUGGAGAGACUCAACCCGACACGUUUUCAUGAGGAAUACAGGCACUGCUGGCCUGUUUUGAGCCAUAAAGUGGAUGCUGACUUCCGCAAAGUUACCUGCGCUUGGCUGCGAGAAAUAAUGGAUGAAACUGAAAAUGCAGGAUCCAAAGUGGUAGCAUCCGUGUUCCUCUCACCCGGUGGCCCCAAGUUCAUCAAUGUGAUGCUUCGCUUGGCCAAUCAUGUCAUGCUGCAAAAAAUGAAGACAUUCACCGCAGAUAAAAGCUGGGUUCCUGAGGCUGCGGCGAUGCCUGCUUCCUCCUUAGACAUGGCAACGAAGAGGCACAACCUGAUCCAUACCAGGUUUCUGAAAGCCGCAGUUGCUCAGGAUCGUUUUCUACGAGACUACCAGAGACGAGCACAGGUGCUGGUAAAGUCCAUGAGGGAAAUAAGAGCAGAGGGUGCCAAGUAUGAUGAGCUACUCAAGCGCCACCACAGUGAUUGGAAGCAGGAUGGGGUUUCUUUAGCUGAGAAGACCAACAGGGUGCGCUCCUUGUGGUCAGACAUCGAUGGAAUGCUGUCGACUAACAAAGAGGAGCAGCAUAUUGUGGAGAGCGUUUUGAAGGGUGAUGUAGACCAAUACAAGCUGGACGGGACGGAUCGAGUCCUGCAAAUUCCUCGCAGUCUGCUGGAGAGAAUUGAACAGCUCCCGCAUCAGUUGAGUUCAGGGCAUUUGUACGAGGGCGGCCAGCUGAACCUCCUGUGUGUGCUGGAGCUGACGAACCAUGCGCUGCAGCUGCUGAGGGAGGAGCAUGUUCGGGUCUCUCGUGCCCCAAAGCCUGAAGUCCGGCCUCAGCAACUGCAGGAGAGAUGUCAGCAGAUGGCCCGUGCGCUGCAGAACCUUCACCUCAUCAGACAGAGGAUUUCCAAGGAAGAAAUUCCUGAGGUCAGGACUACCAUCAAAGAGUUGGAAGCUGCGUGGGACAGGAAGUGGAUGGAUACUCUGAGAGACACCCCCCUAGUCUCUUUCCUGAAUGACGAUCCUACUCUCUGCUUCCUCUCCCCAAUGGCGCCACUGUCUUUUGAACCGGCAGCUGACACUAGCUACAGAUGUGGGGUCUUCUCCCAGUACCCUGCAACGCUUCUUGAUAAGCCUGCAGAAAGUAAAUCACCAGAGGCCCCCACCCCGAGCUCUACUAACCUUAAGAGCUCCGGCCCGGCAACAGCUGUGAGGAGUGAAAGUCCUGCAGUCGCUGCUCGUGUUUCAUCACAAGCGAAUAGCUCUCUCGACUGGCUCUUUGACACACCUCCCUCCCCUCCACUGAGGGCUCCGUCCGUACAACCCCCUCAGGCCAGUGUGAGGAAGACCGGCCAUUUUCACCAGAAGGUGGCAACAAAGAGGACAAAGACUCCAGAUAGGAGGGCUAAUAUAUUAGACAUGGAAUGUGAUAACCUCGCUGAUCAGUUUGCAGAUGCUGUAACCACAACCAGUCCUCCAGAAGGCCGAGCGACGGGUUUGGACUUGGACGGCCUUCUAGGCACUCUUCAUGGAGAUCCCUUCUCUACUAGAAAGCAGCUGACACGUACACCGGAGAGCUUGAUUCUGGAUGUGAAGACCUCCUGGCGAAAGGCCGUUGAGGAAGAUGAAGCAGAGAAAAGCGGGCGAUUGGGAAAGUUGAACUGUAGCGUGAAGGGGUUGCUCUCUCCAGUCAACGAGCAGGGCGUCUCCUCCAAGUCCAGUCUGUUUUGGGACACCUUCAACGCGGAGGCGCUCGACAGCCCAAGUGGGACGGGCAGCAGCGCCGUCCAGUUCAGCCUCGACCAGGAAACUCUCCCUGAAAUGCCGAGCUAUGACAGUCUGCUGAGCCUCGACGACGAAGCGGUGGACAUGAAGAGUGAGGACGACGACGAGGAGCUCCUGUUGUCCUUCCUGAAGAGUGAGGAGCCGCCGCUGACCAUGCGUCAUCACCUGGCUCCGAGCCAGCGGGGGUGCGGAAAUGGCUCCUCAGUGGAAAGCAGGACGAGGACACCGGAUGUUAACGGAGAAAAGCGCGACCCGACAGAAGGGAGAGACUGGCCGACGGCGCCCGCCAAGUCAGUGGACGCCACGGACUCUGUGUUCUCACUGGACCUGGACGCGCUGCAGACGCCGUCUCCCCCCAGGAAGCAGGAGUACAGCCUCCCAAAACUGAUCACAUUCUCCCCGAUAGAUGACUUAAAGUGUUGACUGCAUUCAUGUUAAAACCACUUUUUGGUGUCACCACUGAAUUUAAUAAUGUAAUAUUUGUUCAUAGCUGUAAAAUAACCUUUUUCAUGCUAGUUUAUUUAAAAUAAACAUUAACUGAUUUAAUAAAAGGAAAUUUUCAUUGUUAUGUUUGAGGAGAGGAACCAGAACUAGUUUUUAUUUCAGGGAUCUGCUUGUACAUUGAAAAUAUUAAGUCACUGUAAGGGUUUGAAUCUUUACAAAGUAGUCUUUUGAUUGCACUUUUAGGAUGGUUGCAAAAAAUGUCAUUACUUAAACGUGCAGAUGGUGUCUCAAAAGCUAUCAAAACUAGUAUGUGAAACCAUCUAAACUUCAAUACAAAAUGUUGCUUUGUUGGAAGAGAAUAGAUUUAGGGUAUGAAAUAUGCAAUACACAUCUAACCUUAUUUGAAUUGGUGAAAAGUAUUUAUUUUGAAAAACAAAUGACAAAUUGGUCACUAAAUCAUGAUCCUUGAAAACCAGUCUCGUUCCAACCGGUGUGUUGCCUGUGACAGGAUGGAAUCUCUGCAGUGUAGAUCACUUUAUUGCCAGAAGGGGAAAUUCAUGUGAUGGCAGAAAGAACUUGUGAAUUGAUAUAACACAAAGGAAAAUAAAUUGCUAGACACACAUAUGCAUUGCAA